GCCAUUUUUGCUUGGCGCUCGCUUCGGUUGCAACGCGCGACUGCUCUGUGUGCUGUGCUUGAUCCGUUCCCCUAGCUAGAGCGUCCACGGUGUCGUUCAUUUAUAGCUAGCUAACAGGGAAUCUUUUGCUGAACCAAUAAAAGUUUCCCUGCAACUCGAUCCGUCUUCUGGAAUCGCUCUCUGGGCUCCCGGAAUAGGCAACCCUCUAAAUUGGUGACCCCGGAUCCGGAACAAUCUCAACGCCGGAUAUUUCGAACUUUUCUCCGGUGAGCUCGUUCCAUUUAUUUUUCAUAUUUUCCGGUUUUAUUUUUGCAUACGGUAGCCUAUUUUUUCGCGUCAUUUUUUCAAAUCAUGGAAUCUGUAGACCAUAAGUUCCACCUUUUUGGGACAUGGAUCCUGUUUUGUGGUUCGCUCAUCUGGAGGCUGAGUUUUAUAACCACAGAAUCACUUCCGACUACGCGAAGUAUUGCAAGCUCCUGUCCUAUCUCCCCAAGGAGAUAUCAAUGCAGGUUCGUGACGUCAUCAUUUCUCAGACCGAAAACCGCUAUGAGGCUCUCAAGGAAGCCACGAUUAAGCGUGUUAUGCCCUCUGAGAAAGUUCGCCUGCAGCAGCUUUUCAGGGAUCUGCAGCUGGGCGACAAACUGCCCUCAACCCUGCUACGCGAGAUGCAGCAACUCCUUGGUUCAUCAACCAUGGACGAGACUUUACUUCGCGAACUAUGGCUACAACGGCUACCGGAAAACACACAAGCGAUUCUCGCUACAGUGAGCUCCGUUCCGCUCACUCAACUAGCAGACUUAGCGGAUCGAGUUAUUGAACGAUCACAGCCACAGGCCAACGCCAGCAAGGUCCAUGCCGUCGCGUCCCAGGGCACUUCUAUCACUGGCUUACAGUCAACUAUAGAAGCCCUCCAAACACAAGUUGCGACACUUAGUCGCCAGGUGCAACAGCUUACUAUGAACCGUCGUCGUCAUAGCCGAUCAAAAUCGCCCUGCAAACGUUCUAAGUCUAGCAACAGGCAAGCUAGCUGUUGGUACCACCAGCGUUUUGGUACCGCAGCUCGUAAAUGUGUCAAGCCUUGCAACUUCGCCGAGAAGCAGGGAAACUUCUCGGCCGGUCGGUAACGGCGACGGACGCGACCGGCCAACACCAAAGUCGCCUCAUCCGUGUUAGGGAUUUAACUUCCGGCACCGAGUUUCUAGUCGACACUGGUGCCGAAGUUAGCGUUAUACCCCGUAGCUCAGAUGAGGUCGUCUCACCAUCGCCGACCAAGCUGCGUGCCGCCAAUGGCACACCAAUCGCAACUUUCGGCGAAAAGCUGCUAACGCUCAACUUAGGCCUCCGGCGAACCUUUCGCUGGCCUUUCAUAAUCGCUGCUGUGCCUUUCGCCAUCAUAGGCAUAGACUUUCUUCAACGCUUCGACCUCAUCGUCGACGCUAAACGGAAGAAGCUUAUCGACUCUAGGACACAGCUCAGUGUUAUCGGGACUAGCGCCAACGUGGCUGCUAUCACUCCCAUUCGUGUCCUACCUCAAGCUUCACAGUCUUUUCUAGAACUUUUCAGCAAGCACCCUAAACUCGUUCGCGUCCUGAACGAGUUGCCUCCUGUGACGUCAAACGUCACGCAUCACAUUUGCACUAAGGGCCCACCUGUUUCGGCCCGCCCUCGCCGACUAGCCCCGGACAAGCUCAAAGCUGCGAAGGCGGAAUUCGAGCAAAUGCUCGAACUGGGAAUCAUCCGCCCGUCUAAAAGUCCAUGGGCAUCACCAUUACACAUGGUGCCGAAGAAGUCCGGUGACUGGCGCCCUUGUGGUGACUACAGGGCACUUAACAAAGUUACCGUCCCGGAUAAAUACCCUAUUCCGCACAUGCACGACUUGACCUCAGCUCUAGCUGGCAAGUCUAUCUUCAGCAAAGUCGACUUAGUUCGCGCCUACCACCAGAUACCUGUCGCACCAGAUGACAUUGCUAAAACCGCAGUCAUCACACCAUUCGGCCUAUUCGAGUACCUCAGAAUGCCUUUCGGCCUCAGCAACGCUGCCCAAACUUUUCAGCGUUUCAUUCAUGAGGUAACGCGAGGACUCGAAGGCGUUUAUCCUUAUCUAGAUGACAUACUCAUCGCCAGCUCUUCUGACGAGGAGCAUCUUCGUCACCUCGACGCUCUCUUCCAACGCUUAACACAGCAUGGGGUUACCGUCAACCCCGAUAAAUGCGAGCUUGGCCAAAGCUCCAUCGACUUUCUUGGCCACCGCAUAUCUGCCUCUGGUAUCGAAGCCCUGCCAGACAAAAUCCAGGCACUGAAGGACUAUCCUGCUCCCAGUUCCUUCAAGCAGUUACGCCGAUUCCUUGGCCUGGUCAACUAUUACAGACGCUUUAUACCUAACUGCGCGAGCAUUGUUCAACCAAUGACUGACUUGCUCCGCGGUAAACAACGGUCUUUUCACUUUACAGACGACGCUAAAUUGUCUUUCGAGAAGCUUAAAGACGCUAUCUCCAACAUAGCGCUUCUCGCCCAUCCAGACACGUCUGCAUCACUCUCCCUGACGACUGACGCAUCCGACACUGCCGUCGGUGCAGUUCUUCAACAACUCAUCGACCAUCGAUGGAUACCUCUAGGUUUCUUCUCAAAGCGCUUACAACCUGCCGAAUCGCGAUACAGCACCUUCGGUAGGGAACUGUUAGCUAUCUACCUAGGUAUCCGACAUUUCCGUCACUACCUCGAAGGUCGACAUUUCACCGUCUUCACCGACCACAAGCCAUUGAUCUACGCAAUCAAUGGCGCAACAGACAAGUACUCGCCGCGGGAAACUAGACACCUAGACUACGUUUCUCAGUUUACGACAGACGUACGUCAUGUCUCAGGUGCUCUCAAUCCCGUCGCGGAUGCGCUUUCACGCAUUCAGCAGAUCAGCUUAUCGCCUGGCACCAACAUUGAUCUAGCCGCUAUGGCUGCUGCCCAACAAGCUGAUCCCGACACAGACAAACUACGACGCAACACCUCGUUAAAACUACGUGAAGUCCCACUAGCUUCAUCUGAAGGGACCAUUCUUUGUGACGUUUCACAAACUUCUCCCCGACCCGUAGUUCCUACCUCAAUGCGUCGACUAGUUUUCAAUGCUUUACACAACCUGUCUCAUCCCGGCAUACGUGCUUCGCAGAAGCUCGUAACGGAACGCUUCAUAUGGCCCAACGUCAAUCGCGAUGUCCGCCUUUGGGCACGCGCAUGCUUAGAGUGUCAGCGCGCCAAGGUCUACAGACACACCAAAAGCCCACUUGGCGUCUUUCCCGCUCCUGACGCUCGUUUUGCACACGUCCAUGUCGAUCUGGUCGGACCUUUGCCUCCAUGCAAAGGCUACGUGUACCUACUCACCUGUGUCGACCGAUUCACUCGUUGGCCAGAGGCGAUUCCGUUAGUCAACUGCUCAUCUGAGACAGUUGCGCAAGCUUUCUUAGAACGCUGGGUAGCUCAGUUCGGUUGCCCAAGCGUAGUCAUCACUGACAGAGGAUCACACUUUGACGGAUCCUUCAGCAAAUUGCUCAACGUUCUUGGUUGCCAACAUAACCGAACCACCGCAUACCAUCCCGCAGCUAAUGGGAUGGUAGAAAGGUUCCACCGGCAACUCAAAGCCUCACUCUGUGCCCAAUCUAGCACAUCCUGGCACGAAGCACUUCCGCUCGUUCUCUUAGGCAUAAGAAACACGAUUAAAGCGGACUUGCACGCCACUCCAUCGUCGCUAGUCUUUGGAUGCGCACAACGCUUACCUGGUGAACUCGUCUCACCAAAAGCGCCAACAACUUUCGACUAUGGCGACUACGCAGCUCGCCUAUCUCAUCACAUGCGACAGCUUCAGCCUGUGCAACCCAGAGCACAGAGCUUGCGUACAAACGUGGACGAACGGUUAACUACUUGCACGCACGUGUUCGUUCGCACUGACAGCGUACGCCGACCACUUCAGCCUCCUUACUCUGGUCCGUACCGUGUCGUACGUAGAAGCGACAAAACGUUUACCAUUGACUACAAUGGUAAGACUGAGACGGUCAACGUCGAUCGACUCAAGCCAGCAUACCUUGACAAGUCUGACUCGCCGGUGCAACAAGCACCUUCACAGCCCGUGCCAUCACAGCCGGCACCGCAAACGCAGACGAGUCAGCCCGCUCCAGCAGAACCGACAAACACAACCGACAGCACUCCUACCCGCCCUACUCUCAAUCGACGCGGUAGGAAACUCAAGCCUCCAGUUCGUUUUUCAGACUUUGUCAGCACUUACUAUUUUACGUAGAACGUGCCUUAGAAAUUUUCUGCUCUUACUAAACGUUUUUGAAAAUCCACAAAAAAAGACCAAAACGUUUUGAAACUACCAAAAAAGAGCAAAACUUUUGAAAACCCAAAAACAGCUUUGCACGUUUUUCGCUUUGCACUCUUUUGUGUAUUGCUAUGCAUUUAUGCUGCUUUUUCAUUUUGCUUUCCAUAUACACCGUCGGUUGGUUGCACCUCGGUUUCACUUUCCGCUGGAUCUCCGCACGUCAACUGGAAGUUCAACAAUCUUCCUGCUCAACUGCCUACGUGAACUUUAUUAACUGUCCCCCCCACAAACAGUUUUUUUACCGUUUCGACACCGUAGGGAGGACACGGGUGGGAGCCCGCUAGGGUCCGAUUGCAUGGUUCUCCCCCAGCAGCUGCAUCGGGUUUCACAACCUGGUCUCGCAGAAGGCUGGCCCGCGACGGACAGUCCUCACGUAGAUCGAAGGACUGCUUACACAGUCCCUUCUGGGAGAGGGCUAUGUAGCAGUCUGGAGAUUCCCCGGUUUGCUUGUGUAAAAUUCUAACCAAAAUUCUAUAAUUGUACACUUAGGCAACCGGUGUGGUUUGUUGAACUGCUUGCUGAGUUCGAAUGCUUUACUUGCUCAUCGCCAUUUUUGCUUGGCGCUCGCUUCGGUUGCAACGCGCGACUGCUCUGUGUGCUGUGCUUGAUCCGUUCCCCUAGCUAGAGCGUCCACGGUGUCGUUCAUUUAUAGCUAGCUAACAGGGAAUCUUUUGCUGAACCAAUAAAAGUUUCCCUGCAACUCGAUCCGUCUUCUGGAAUCGCUCUCUGGGCUCCCGGAAUAGGCAACCCUCUAAAUUGGUGACCCCGGAUCCGGAACAAUCUCAACGCCGGAUAUUUGGAACUUUUCUCUGUUCAACAAUCUUCCUGCUCAACUGCCUACGUGAACUUUAUUAACUGUCCCCCCCACAAACAGUUUUUUUACCGUUUCGACACCGUAGGGAGGACACGGGUGGGAGCCCGCUAGGGUCCGAUUGCAUGGUUCUCCCC